GCUCGUCGGACUUGUCCAAAUCAAAAUGGCGCGGAGGUUCGAGCUGGUCGUUGUGGUGCGGAUCGGUUAAUUUGCAUUCAGAUUUUUUUCUCCCUUUCCCUCCCUUCCCCCUCCCUCAGCACCUUUUCAAAACAACGAACGGUCGCAGAACAAACAAUUGAACUUAACAAGAAGCUUUAGGGCAGAUAAAUGGUUAAUUUAGUGAAAGAUGUGCGAAAACUGUGCAGAGCUGCUUGACGUGUUAAAUGCAAUAUCUGAACCAGAAAAUAAUGAAGGGUUGCAGCUCAAAAAGGAACAUGCGCUCAAGAUAUUUAAUUACAUCAACUCUUGGACACAAAGGCAAUGUCUUUGUUGCUUCAAGGAGUACAAGCACCUGGAAAUCUUCAACCAGGUGGUUUACGCCCUUAUCAAUAUGGUGACUGCCCAAGUCCAGGCUCUCCAGGACCAGUUAUGUAAAAUUUGCACUAGUAAUGAUUCAUCGUGGCAGGAUCUGAAUCAGAAAAUCCAUGAACAGGCUAAUCAGGAAGGCGAGUGUAAUAAAGAUGAAGAAGAUAUUGGUCGGAAAUCAAAGGAUUUUGUGGAGAAAAAAGCAGAUAAUAGAACAUGUGGGAGAACUGAGGAGGUUUCUGCACGGAGCACUGAUCCAUUUAGCACAUGGAGUACAGAGGAGAAAGAAAAGUUGCUGUUAUGUGUGGCAAAAAUAUUUCAAAUUCAGUUCCCUUUAUAUACUGCCUACAAGCAUAACACUCAUGCCACUAUAGAGGACAUUUCAGCACAUGAAAGCAACUUAUUAGGGGCGUUUUGUGAUAUGAAUGAUGUGGAAGUACCUUUGCACUUGCUUCGUUAUGUCUGCCUCUUUUGUGGGAAAAAUGGGCUAUCACUUAUGAAAGAUUGUUUUGAAUAUGGAAUGCCUGAAACUCUUCCGUUUCCAAUAGCACAUGCUUUUAUUACAAUAGUAUCCAAUAUCAGGAUAUGGUUACACAUCCCUGCUGUUAUGCAGCAUGUUAUACCCUUUAGAACUUAUGUUAUAAGGUAUCUGUGUAAACUUUCAGACCAGGAGUUGCGACAAAGUGCUGCACGCAAUAUGGCCGAUUUGAUGUGGAGUACAGUUAAGGAGCCCUUGGAUACAGCACUGUGUUUUGAUAAAGAAAGUUUGGACCUUGCAUUCAAGUAUUUCAUGUCACCAACUCUAACUAUGAGGUUGGCUGGACUGAGUCAGAUUACAAAUCAACUUCACACAUUUAACGAUGUUUGUAAUAAUGAAUCUUUGGUGUCAGACACUGAAACGUCAAUUGCAAAGGAACUAGCAGACUGGCUAAUUCAUAACAGUGUUGUUGAACAUAUCUUUGGACCAAAUUUGCACAUUGAGAUCAUCAAACAAUGCCAAGUCAUCCUGAACUUUCUAGCUGCAGAAGGAAGACUUAGCACACAACAUAUAGACUGUAUUUGGGCAGCAGCACAGUUGAAACACUGUAGUCGGUACAUCCAUGAUUUGUUCCCUUCCCUUAUUAAGCACCUGGACCCUGUUCCACUCCGUCACCUCCUUAAUCUAGUGUCUGCUCUUCACCCCAGUGUGCAUACAGAACAGACCCUGUACUUGGCAUCAAUGCUUAUUAAAGCUCUCUGGAAUAAUGCACUUGCAGCUAAAGCUCAACUGUCCAAACAGAGUUCCUUUGCUUCUCUCCUUAAUACAAACCUCCCAAUAGGAAAUAAAAAAGGAUCACCUGCAGCUAGCCCACAGAGCAGUGAUAACAGUGAUACUCGUCAUAGUGGGGCCAGUGACAUUGAAAUGGAUGAGCAAAUGAUCAACAGGGCAAAGCGUGCACAGGAGCGAUUGUCAGACACAGAGGAGUCAAUGCAAGGAAGUUCUGAUGAGACUGCGAAUAGUGGUGAAGAUGCCAGUAGUGGGCCUGGCAGCAGCAGUGGACACAGUGAAGGCUCUAGUAAUGAAGUUAAUUCAAGUCAUGCCAGCCAAUCAGCUGGAAGUCCAGGAAGUGAGGUCCACUCAGAGGAUAUGGCAGAUAGUGAAGCUCUCAAAGAAGAGGAAGAUGAAGAAGAAGAAGAGGGUGAACAAAGUCUUCAGAAUGAGAGCAGGAAUCCUGAACUGCGAACUUUGAGUGCAGAGUCCCAGCCAGGAAUUUGUUUGCCAGAAUCACCAGGUGGAAUAGAACAUGACAGGUGUAACAGUGGAUCAGGCAGGGAAAUUUCAUACAGCACUAAUGCAGUAUCAUCAGGGGAAAAUCGAAUUCGACUGCUGGAUACUUGCACACAUCCUGAAGACUCUGAACAUGACAUGUCAGGGGAAAUAAAUACUGCACACAUAUCACAAGGUUCUCAGGACUCGUGUAUAACACAAACAGGAGAUUUUUUAGGAGAGGCAAUUGGGAAUGAAAUAUUUAACUGCAGACGAUUUAUUGGUCAGCAGCAUCAACAUCAUCAUCAUCACCAUCAUCAUCAUCAUCAUGAUAGGCACUUGGGUGAUGAUAUGAUGAGUGCAGAUGAUGUCAGCUGUAGUAGUUCUCAGGUCAGUGCAAAAUCUGAAAAGAACAUGGCAGACUUUGACGGGGAAGAGUCAGGUUGCGAAGAAGAACUGGUACAGAUCAAUUCUCAUGCAGAUCUUACAUCUCAUCUUCAACAACAUCUCCCUAAUCUUGCAUCUAUCUACCAUGAACAUCUUAGCCAAGCUCCUAAUGUUCAUAAGCACCAAUAUAACUCAAAUGCAGUCACCGACAUCAAUUUAGACAAUGUUUGCAAAAAGGGUAAUACGCUUCUUUGGGAUUUGGUGCAAGAUGAAGAUGCGGUUCACCUCUCUGAGGGGUUGAUAAAUGAAGCUGAGAAACUACUGUGCUCCCUCGUCUGCUGGUUUACUGAUCGGCAGAUUCGAAUGAGAUUCAUUGAAGGUUGUUUAGAAAAUCUGGCAAAUGAUAGAUCUGUGGUUGUUUCACUUCGUCUUUUGCCAAAACUGUUUGGCACUUUUCAACAAUUUGGAAGCAGUUAUGAUACGCAUUGGAUAACUAUGUGGGCAGAAAAGGAACUAAGCAUGAUGAAACUUUUCUUUGACAAUUUGAUACACUACAUUCAAGCAGUUAGAGAAGGAAUGCAUAAACAUUUGUUGUACAGCCAUGGUGCGGAAGUGCAGGUUCGUCUCCAGUUUCUGACAUGUGUUUUUUCAACUCUAGGAUCUCCAGACCAUUUUAGGUUAAGUCUUGAUCAGGUGGAUAUUUUGUGGCAUUGCCUUGUCGAAGACCCUGAAUGUUAUGAUGAUGCAUUGCACUGGUUCCUUAACCAAGUUCGCAGUAAAGACCAGCAUGCAAUGGGAAUGGAAACAUAUAAGCAUCUUUUUUUAGAAAAGAUGCCGCAGUUAAAACCUGAAACUAUCAGCAUGACUGGUUUGAAUCUGUUCCAGCAUUUAUGCAAUUUGGCCCGGCUUGCAACCAGUGCUUAUGAUGGUGGUUCCACUUCUGAGCUUUGUGGAAUGGACCAACUUUGGGGCAUUGCUUUAAGGGCCCAAACAGCUGAUGUUAGUCGAGCAGCAAUUCAGUACAUCAAUUCAUAUUACAUUAAUGGCAAAACUGGCUUGGAGAAGGAACAGGAAUUUAUCAGUAAAUGUAUGGAAAGCCUGAUGAUAGCAUCAGAAAAUCUUGACAAAGAACCUCAAUCCAGCCUCACUAUUAUCGAAAGGGGACUCUUAAUGCUGAAAACUCACUUGGAAGCAUUUAGAAGAAGGUUCGCAUAUCAUUUACGGCAAUGGCAGAUUGAGGGCACAGGUAUCAGCAGUCACCUAAAAGCCCUUAGCGAUAAACAAUCUUUACCAUUACGAAUCGUUUGUCAACCAGCUGGGCUGCCUGAUAAGAUGACCAUUGAAAUGUAUCCCAGUGACCAAGUUGCUGACUUACGGGCUGAAGUUACCCACUGGUAUGAGAAUUUACAGAAGGAACAAAUGAGUCAGCAAGCUCAGCUCCAAGAAUUUGGCCAAAGCAGCCGGCAGGGAGAUUUUCCUGGAGGUCUUAUGGGGCCUGUGAGAAUGAUUUCCUCAGGUCAUGAACUUACCACUGAUUAUGAUGAGAAAACACUUCAUGAACUUGGAUUUAAAGAUAUGCAGAUGGUAUUUGUAUCAUUGGGAGCCCCGCGUAGGGAACGCAAGGGAGAUGGUAUUCAGUUGCCUGCAUCUUGUCUUCCUCCUCCCCAGAAGGAAAAUAUUCCAAUGCUUUUGCUCCUUCAAGAACCACAUCUAACUACCUUGUUUGACUUGCUUGAAAUGCUGGCAUCGUUCAAACCACCUUCUGUAGAUCAAGUGAUGGAAGAUAGUGAGACUGCACAUUGUGAAGAAUUGCAUCUUCAUGCAGAAAACCUAUCCAGACGUGUUUGGGAAUUGCUGAUGCUUCUUCCUACAUGCCCAAACAUGCUACAGGCUUUUCAAAACAUCUCCGAUGAACAGGGCAAUGAUGGACUUUGUUGGAAGGAUUUACUUCGACUAAAAAGUCCUCAUAAACUCCUGUAUGCCCUAGAAAUUAUUGAGGCUUUGGGAAAACCUAACAGGAGAAUAAGAAGAGCAUCAACGGGUAGCUACAGUGAUCUAUAUCCUGACUCUGAUGACUCAAGUGAAGAUCAGAUAGAAAACAGUAAAAAUUCUUGGAGUUGCAAGUUUGUUGCUGCUGGGGGACUUCAGCAACUGUUGGAAAUUUUUCUGUCAGGGAUUCUGGAGCCCAAAGAGCAAGAAUCAUGGACUGUGUGGCAGCUGGACUGCCUUGCUUGUCUGCUGAAGCUAAUGUGCCAGUUUGCAGUUGAUCCAGCUGACUUGGAUCUGGCUUAUCAUGAUAUCUAUGCCUGGUCUGGUAUAUCUGACAGCCAUAGGAAAAGAACUUGGCCUGGUAAAUCAAGAAAAGGAGCCGGAGAUCAUGGGAAAGGAUUGCACAUACCCCGUCUGACUGAGGUGUUUCUUGGUUUGGUGCAUGGAUCAAGUUUGAUUUAUCGAUUAAUGUCUGUUGCUUACACCUAUAAUAACUUGGCUCAUAGAGUGCUUAAAGCUCAGUCUGAUCACCGGUCCAGGCACGAGGUUACUCAUUAUGCUAUGUGGCUGUUAGUGAGUUGGGCUCACUGUUGUUCACUGGUCAAAUCCAGCCUUGCAGACAGUGAACAUCUACAUGAAUGGUUGAAAAAAUUAACUCUUCUUGUUCCAGAGACUUCAGUUCGACAUGAAGCUUGUAAUGGAUUAUACAAGUUAUGCCUAUCGGGUUUGGAUGGUGGAGAAUCGAUAAAUCGGUCUUUCCUUUUACUAGCUGCGUCAACAUUACUUAAGUUUCUUCCUGAUGCCCAAACUUUGAAGCCAGUCAGAGAAUUGGAUUAUGAAGAGGAGCCACUAUUGCGAGCAGGUUGCAAGGAAUAUUUCUGGUUACUUUGUAAACUGAUUGAUAACAUUCAUGUAAAAGAUGCUAGUCAGACAACGCUGCUAGAUUUGGAUGCCUUGGCAAGACAUCUUGCUGACUGCAUUCACAGCAGGGAAAUCCUUGAUCAGCAAGAUAGUAACAUUGAAGAUGAUGGACUUACAGGACUUCUGCGACUUUGCACUGUGGUCAUAAAGCACAAGCCCCCAUUUAAAUUCUCUCGAGAAGGGCAGGAAUUCCUAAGAGAUGUAUUCAAUCUCCUGUUCUUACUGCCAAGCCUGAAGGAUAGACAACAACCAAAAUGUAAAUCUCAUUCCUCCAGAGCAGCAGCCUACGAUUUGUUGGUGGAAAUGGUGAAGGGCUCAGCAGAAAACUACAGGCUGCUACACAACUGGGUGAUGGCACAACAUAUGCAAUCAUCUCAUGCACCAUACAAGUGGGAUUAUUGGCCUCAUGAUGAUGUGCGGGCUGAGUGCAGGUUUGUGGGUUUGACGAAUCUUGGAGCAACCUGUUACUUAGCUUCCACAAUCCAACAGCUGUAUAUGAUACCGGAGGCCAGACAGGCCAUCUUUACAGCUAAAAGAGUGGAAAUUGUAGGAGAUAAUGAAGAAGCCUUUUUAUUUGUUUAUGAUGGAACCAACAUGAUUAUGUUCAUGGGGGAGGGGGAGACUGAGGACAGGAAGAUCAGAAUUGCGAAAGAUGCAAAAUUACAAUGGCAGAGAACCAAAUGCUUGGAGUCAGAUUUUUAUUUCAUACAGGAAAGUGAGCGCAAAGCAUAUAAUCCAAGACCCUUCUGCAAAACUUAUACUAUGGACAAACAACCAUUGAACACAGGAGAACAGAAAGAUAUGACUGAAUUUUUCACUGACCUGAUUACAAAAAUUGAAGAAAUGUCCCCUGAACUGAAAAACACAGUGAAAAGCUUAUUUGGAGGAGUUAUAACAAAUAAUGUGGUGUCAUUGGAUUGUGACCAUGUUAGCCAGACAGCUGAGGAGUUCUACACAGUUAGAUGCCAAGUGGCUGAUAUGAAAAACAUUUAUGAGUCGCUUGACGAAGUUACAAUCAAAGAUACUCUGGAAGGUGAUAAUAUGUACACUUGUUCCCAAUGUGGAAAGAAAGUACGGGCUGAGAAAAGGGCUUGUUUCAAGAAAUUGCCUCGAAUCUUAAGUUUCAAUACCAUGCGUUAUACUUUCAAUAUGGUUACAAUGAUGAAAGAAAAAGUCAAUACGCACUUCUCUUUUCCUCUGCAACUUGACAUGACUCCUUACACUGAAGAUUAUCUUAUGGGCAAAAAUGACCGCAUAGAUGGUUUCAAAGAGAACGGUGAAGUUAAACAAAGUGAAAGCUUUGAGUAUGAUUUGAUAGGCGUAACCGUGCACACAGGGACAGCAGAUGGAGGGCAUUAUUACAGUUUUAUCAGAGAUAUUGUGAAUCUUCAUGCUUAUAAAAACAACAAGUGGUAUCUAUUUAAUGAUGCUGAGGUAAAACCGUUUGAUUCUACCCAACUCGCCUCUGAAUGCUUUGGUGGAGAAAUGACAACCAAGACAUAUGAUUCUGUCACUGACAAGUUCAUGGAUUUUUCCUUUGAAAAGACACACAGCGCGUACAUGCUGUUUUACAAGCGUGUUGACACAGAGGAAGAAAAUGGGAAGGAGUACAGCUUUGAUGUUUCACCAGAACUUUUAGAGUGGAUCUGGCAUGACAACAUGCAAUUUCUACAGGACAAGAACAUUUUUGAGCACACCUACUUUGGUUUUAUGUGGCAGUUAUGCAGUAGCAUCCCUAGCACACUACCAGAACCGAAAGCGGUAUCACUUAUGACUGCUAAGCUAAGCACCUCUUUUGUCCUGGAAACUUUUAUCCAUUCCAAAGAAAAGCCUACCAUGUUGCAAUGGAUUGAGCUUUUGACAAAACAAUUUAAUAACAGCCAGGCAGCCUGUGAGUGGUUUUUAGAUCGAAUGGCAGAUGAUGAUUGGUGGCCAAUGCAAAUCCUCAUUAAGUGUCCAAAUCAGAUUGUUAGACAGAUGUUCCAGCGUUUGUGCAUUCAUGUGAUUCAGAGACUCCGGCCAGUGCAUGCACACCUCUACCUGCAACCAGGAAUGGAAGAUGGUUCUGAUGAUAUGGAUGCUCCUGUAGAAGAUAUUGGAAGCCGUUCAUGUGUAACUAGGUUUGUGAAGACACUGUUGUCUAUUAUGGAGCAUGGAGUCAAACCUCACAGCAAACAUCUCACUGAAUAUUUUGCAUUCUUGUUUGAGUUUGCAAAAAUGGGAGAGGAAGAGAGCCAGUUUCUUUUGUCAUUGCAAGCUAUAUCGACAAUGGUACAUUUUUAUAUGGGAACAAAGGGACCAGAGAAUCAGUUUCCCCAGCCCCAAGUUGAGGUAUUGUCUGAAGAAGAAGGUGAGGAAGAAGAGGAGGAGGAAGAUAUUUUAUCUUUAACAGAAGAGAAGUACCGUCCUGCAGCACUGGAGAAGAUGAUAGCCUUGAUUGCACUUCUAGUAGAACAGUCUCGGUCUGAAAGGCAUCUCACAUUGUCACAGAAUGACAUGGCUGCCUUGACAGGAGGCAAGGGUUUCCCCUUUUUGUUUCAACAUAUCCGAGAUGGUAUUAACAUCAGGCAGACGUGCAAUUUGAUCUUCAGCCUCUGCCGUUACAACAAUCGUCUUGCAGAACAUAUAGUGUCCAUGCUAUUCACUUCAAUAGCAAAGCUGACUCCUGAGGCUGCACAGCCUUUCUUUAAGCUACUUUCUAUGUUGAUGGAAUUUGCUGGUGGACCACCUGGAAUGCCUCCAUUUGCAUCUUGCAUUCUUCAGAGAAUUUGGGAGGUUAUUGAAUAUAAUCCUUCUCAGUGCUUAGAUUGGCUGGCAAUGCAAACACCUCGCAAUAAGCUAGCUCAUAGCUGGGUACUUCAAAACAUGGAGAACUGGGUGGAGCGCUUUUUGCUGGCACACAAUUAUCCUAGAGUCAGAACAUCUGCAGCUUACCUUUUGGUUUCUCUCAUUCCAAGCAAUUCUUUCCGUCAGAUGUUCCGAUCAACGCGUUCUUUGCAUAAUCCUACACGUGAUUUACCUCUUAGUCCAGACACUACUGUUGUCCUCCAUCAGGUGUACAAUAUUCUUCUGGGUCUACUUUCAAGAGCCAAACUAUAUGUUGAUGCUGCUGUCCAUGGCACCACAAAAUUAGUUCCUUAUUUUAGCUUCAUGACCUAUUGUUUGGUCUCGAAGACUGAGAAGUUGAUGUUCUCUAGUUACUUCAUGGACCUCUGGAAUCUGUUCCAGCCUAAGCUGUCUGAACCUGCCAUUGCGACAAACCACAAUAAACAGGCACUGCUCAUCUUCUGGUACAAUGUAUGUGUGGAUUGCCCAGAAAAUGUGCGAUUCAUUGUACAGAAUCCUAUAGUGACGAAAAACAUUGCUUUUAAUUACAUCUUGGCUGAUCACGAUGAUCAGGAUGUUGUUCUCUUUAAUCGAGGGAUGCUACCUGCAUAUUAUGGAAUUUUACGCCUGUGUUGUGAACAAUCCCCUGCUUUCACACGGCAGUUAGCUUCUCAUCAGAAUAUUCAAUGGGCUUUCAAAAAUCUAACACCUCAUGCAAGCCAGUACCCAGCGGCUGUUGAAGAACUAUUUAACCUUAUGCAGCUAUUUGUAGCUCAGAGACAAGAUAUGAGAGAAGAGGAGUUGGAGGAUGUUAAACAAUUCAAGAAAACUACCAUUAGCUGCUAUUUGCGUUGUCUGGAUGGACGCUCAUGUUGGACUACGCUUAUUAGUGCCUUCAGAAUUCUUCUAGAAACUGAUGAAGACCGGCUGCUAGUUGUUUUCAAUCGGGGUCUAAUUUUGAUGACAGAGUCUUUUAAUACUUUGCACAUGAUGUACCAUGAAGCUACAGCUUGCCAUGUGACUGGGGACUUGGUCGAACUUCUCUCCAUUUUCUUAUCUGUUCUGAAAUCUACACGUCCAUAUCUGCAGCGGAAAGAUGUUAAGCAAGCCUUGAUCCAGUGGCAAGAAAGAAUCGAAUUUGCUCACAAGCUUCUCACAUUAUUAAAUUCCUACAGUCCGCCAGAACUCCGAAAUGCUUGUAUAGAUGUUUUAAAAGAACUUGUCCUUCUGAGUCCUCAUGAUUUCCUUCAUACUUUGGUGCCAUUCCUUCAGCACAAUCAUUGCACCUGUCACCAUAGUAGUAUACCAAUGUCUUUAGGGCCCUAUUUCCCCUGUCGUGAGAAUAUAAAGUUAAUGGGUGGAAAAAACAAUAUACGUCCUCCCCGUCCCGAACUCAAUAUGUGCCUCUUGCCCACGAUGGUGGAAACAAGUAAGGGAAAAGAUGAUGUUUAUGAUCGAGUACUGCUGGAUUAUUUCCUUUCUUACCAUCAGUUCAUCCAUCUCUUAUGUCGAGUAGCAGUGAACUGUGAAAAAUUUACAGAAACUCUAGUGAAAUUAAGUGUAUUGAUAGCAUAUGAAGGCUUGCCUCUUCAUUUAGCAUUAUUUCCUAAACUUUGGACAGAAAUUUACCAGUCUCAGUCACCAAUGGCGAAGAAUUGUGUAAAACUACUCUGUGAUGAGCCAGUAUUUGCUGAAUAUAUUAAAUGCGUUUUAAUGGACGAGAGGAUAUGUUUGAAUAACAAUGCAGUUUAUACGUUUCUUGCUUGCUUUCUUCCCAAGGUUCAGAAUCAGGUAUUUUCCAGUUCAAACUGUUCUAGUUUGAUCACUAAUUUAAUCACGAAUCUAAUAAAUGAGUACCAUAAUCUUGAGCCAGAGCUUCUGGGACAGCGUGUUGAAAUCUCUAAAGUUGGUGCUAUUCUAAAUGGGGAUCUUCGAGCCCUUGCCUUGCUACUUUCCAUACAUACUCCCAAACUACUGGAUUCAGCACUAGUUCAGACGCUACAGGGUUUGUUGAGCAAGUGCAGAACUUGUCAACAACAGAGAAGUGCACUACAGGAACAGGAAGCAAAGGAAAGAAAGACGAAAGAUGAUGAAGGAGCCACUCCUGUGAAAAGGAGGCGUGUUAGUAGCGACGAAGAACAUCCUCUUGACAACAGCACUGGUCACAGCACUCCAAGUGAUACUAGGACAGAACCUAGAGAGGCACUGACGCCAGCUAGUACCUCAGACACUGAGACUAGAGACUCAGCCGUCAUUGACCCAGGCACUGAACAUGACCCGCCAACCCCUGAUCCAAUUUCUAUAAAAGAAGAUAAAAUGGAACUUUCUUCGGGUGCACAUGAGACUUUAAUCAGCAAUAGGCCUCAGGACUGUUUAGAACAGUUGCAGGGGGAAGAUUCUGUGGAGGAUUGCAAAGUGGUGAAGGAACUACUAAAUUCUGAAAAGGAAACUAGUGUGAAUGAAGAUGAUUCUGACUCUCCCUCUACACCACCACCUGUAAAAACGGUUUUAUCGGAUUUGACUGACCUUAGAAACUGUGAGGCUCAAAAUUUGCCUUUUGACCCAGAGACCACUUUAUCCAACAGCUGUACCCAUUCCAGAGGACUCUUUAAUAUACAGCAACAGGAUCUUUUAGAUAAUUUGUGCAGGACCAUUGAAUCUACAAUUAGUGCAGUCACAAGAAUAUUGAGCAGAGGGAAUCAACCCACUUCUUGAUGAGACUACUAGCAUGACUAGUUUUGUCUUUUUUAAAUACGGUUUGAGUUUUUGUUUAAUUUUGUUCUGCCUGUUGGAUCUGAUGCUUUGUGCUUCACUGUCAAGUGACAUUUUUCUGCUUGAAUGCCUGUUAGUUGUUUGUAUGAAGAAGCAUCUCAGCCAUGAGAGAAAUCCAGUGUGUUCGGGUUAUGCGCUUGAAGAUGUGAUAAGUGGAAACCUAAACACAAAUUUCUAGAUAACUUAAAACAGAGGCAUUUACAGCACAUUUCUCAAGGGCAAUCAUAUUAAUGGUCAGCUUUUACAUAGAAGUAAUUUGUGGCUUUUCAUCCAGAUUUGAGGUGUAUCUUCGGGUGAAGGGUUACAGAGAUUUUUGUUCUUCAUAUUGUAUGAUGUAAUUUAAAGAUAUUGCAUUUUUACUGUGUAUAAUAUUGUGUCUUUUGUUGCCGGUUUUUGUACUCUAUUAAGGAGGCAACUUUGCCUCAAAUCUCCGUGGUUCUAUUAUCCAAAUUAAGUUGUUUACUUGUAUACUAAACCAACCACGAUUAAUUUGAUUCUGUUAAGAAUCCUCUGUAGACAUCAACUGGUAUAAAUAAGGUGCUUUAUCUAACAGGUUUCCCAUGGUGGAAAUAAAGCACACAAAAUAAAAAUUAGAACUUUA